UAGUGUCAAGUUGGCCAUACGCCGCCACAAGCAUGUCAAAAUUACCGGAUAAACGAAAUGUCAUUAGGCGCAUUGAUAAAAUAAAUAUUUAUUUUUACAAUUUAAACGUAGUAUUUUCUACGUAAUUAAUAAUAAGUUUCUAAAUUUCUACGUACAAAAUGGAAACCAAAGUAGCAAUAGUAACUGGCGGCAACCGAGGAAUAGGAUUCGAAAUAGUGAAAGGGCUGUGCCAAAAGUUUGAUGGUGUUGUGUAUCUUACGGCAAGAAAUGAAGAGAGAGGGCAACAAGCCGUAAAGAAAUUAGAAGAGUUAGGCCUAAAACCGUUGUUUCACAUACUGGAUGUCACAUGCGAGAAAAGCAUCGAAGAUUUGGCUAAACAUAUUUCUACACAUCACUCUGGCAUUGAUGUUUUGGUAAACAACGCUGGUAUUCUAGACUUCGACAAAGCUAUCUCUUCAUAUGAAGAUGCGAAGAAGCUCAUCGAUACGAACUUUAUGAGUUUACUGACUAUAUCAAGAAUACUCUACCCUCUUCUUACAAAUACCGCCCGAAUAAUAAAUAUUAGCAGUGACUGGGGCUUACUGUCCAAUAUUCGCAAACAAGUAUGGCUAGACAGACUGGUUAAAGAUGAUCUUACUGUUGAACAAAUCCUAGAGUUUGUGAAUGAGUUUUUGAAUGCAGCCAAAAUGGGAAAAACUGCAUUCUUUUCCAUAGCGGGCAAGUAUGGAGAUUAUAAAGUGUCAAAAGUGGCUAUGUCUGCAUUAACUUUUGUUCAGCAAAGACAAUUCCGUGAAGAGGGUAAAGACGUUUCUAUAAACUGCGUCCACCCUGGAUUUGUGAUGACUGAUAUGACCAAAGGCAUGGGUGACUUUACCCCAGAACGAGGUGCAAGAGCUCCGUUAUACUUGGCACUGGAAGCGCCUCAGUCACUAAAAGGAUCAUUCAUAUGGCAUGACUGUCAUCAUGUUAACUGGGAUGACUAAGGAUGUAAUGGCUUUUAAAUUGUUAGUGUUACAACCAUGUUACUCCUGUGAUAUCAGUGUCACAUGCACUUUAAACUAAAAUACAUCAUUUCUUUUUAAUAA